CGCCGCUUCACGUGAAACUUGUUAGCGAGCGAGUCGCAGAUUCACGUCCGUUGGUGGCGAUUACGCUCUUGUUUUUCUCUCCCAAAUAUUCCUUCACCCAAGCACGUUGUGGUUAUGAUGACGGAGAUGUAUGCCGAGCUGCGCUCGGCGGAGUACGACGCGCUGUCUCGUAGCAGCACCUCGCCGGCCGAGUCCAUGUACAUGUCGUCCCUGGACUCGUACUCGCACGUGGACAGCCCCGCGGCCCCCAACGCCAGCCAGGACUACAGCAUGCUGGCCACAAUUGGUGGAGACUCCCAGUGGCUGCUGCAGACCGCGGUGGCAGGGCGAGUUCAUGGGGGCCCAGCCAGGCGUGGGGGACCUAGCAGGACCCACCCGUAUGGCCAAGGCAGCAGGGGCCCCGGCAGCGGCAGCUGCAGAGGAGACAAGGAGCCCGCAAACGCCGAAGAGGAGGAGAGGCGCCGCAUUCGCAGGGAGCGCAAUAAGCAGGCGGCCGCCAAGUGCCGCAACCGGAGGCGGGAGCUCACAGAGACCCUAGAAGCGGAGACUGCCAAGCUAGCGGCAGAACAGUCGGCGAUCCGCGCCGACCUCGAGCGGCUUCAGAAGGAGCGCGACGAGCUGGAGCUUGUGCUGGCCGCGCACGAGCCCACGUGCCGCCUGCAGCACGAGCCCGACCAGAACGUGCCGAGCGCCAACUCCCCCCGCCUCUCCCCGGGCCUGCCCGCCCCCAGGCCCGCCAGCCUCCCCCUGCCCCCGUUGCAGCUCAAGCAGGAGCCCCCGAGCCCUCCUAGCGAGCAUCGGCACCAGCGGCCCGCGCCUCGCGAGCACGAGCAGGCGGGCGGCCGGCCCCCGCGGGCCGCCGUAGAGCCGCAGCAGCACGUGGCGCCUCCGGGGCAGUGCCCGCUGGAGGCCGUGGAGCCGCUGCACACGCCCGUGGUGAGCUUCACGCCCGGCAUCACGCCGUGCAGCGGAAGCGGCGCCUUCGUCUUCACGUACCCGAGUCUGGCGGGGCUGCAGGACUUCCUGCACUCUGAGCCGCGCUCCUGCGCCUCGGCGUUGCGCCGGCGAAGCAGCAGCGGAAGUGGAGACCUGGGAGGAGAGGCGUUGCUCUCCCCAACCAUCCUCUCCCUCUGAGCGCGCGCCCUACAAUCGUCCCAGUUUUUGACCCCCGACACGUGCCGUUUAAUUCUUCCUCCUCGCCGUCAGUGACUAUCUUCCCCUGCACCUAUGAAAAAAAAUGCAUUCCACUACAGCAUCUUUCCAACUGCUUAAAAGUCGCAGCAAUUCUUCCUUAAUUUGAAAGAUGCAAUUUUCUUUAUACUUCUUUGAGAAGUUUUAGGUGCAUGCCGAGCAAUACCACUGAAAUGGUGCAUUGUUAAUGUUGUGAAACAAUGUGUUAAAGUUGAUUGAGGUGGUAGCUUCAAUGGAAUAAUACUGUGCUGUCUAUUAUCCCAUGAAUGUUAUAAGCUGUUAUGUUCACGUUGAAUUCAGAAACUAAAACCGGCAUUGCUUAUAUAUACUCUCUGAGUAUAUCACGCAUGUAGGAUCUGAAAGUUGUAUUUCUGGCAUCUUGUUAAUUGUAUAUUUACGUUGAUAAUGUAUUUUCUGUAAUCGUCACGCGUAUUUAUUUCGUAAAUAUAUAUCGUGUUAAUUUAUUUUUGCACUAUUUUGUUGACCAUUGCAAUAAAGUCAAUAGUUUUUACAAUAA